AUGCGCGUCCCAUCCCACCGGGAAAAAUUUGCCAACACUGUCGGCGACUAUGCCCCUUUAAUGAUAAGCAGCGACAACGUCCAGGGAAAGUCUGCACGUCCUCCUCCUGUACGUGCCAAAGGCGGACAAACUAACUGUCCGCAGUCACCUCAAUGCCCCGAAACAGGCACGUACAACGCCAACUCGGACGGUGGUAGUUGAUGGUCAUGAAGCAGGUCACAGCAACGGUAAUAGACUCAUUCUAUCGAGGACCUUUGCCUAACAUAAACCCCUCGUCACCAACACCAGUUUCGGCUUCCCAAUUGUGGGAAGACAACAUGGAUGCACCUCCAAUCUCAUCAAUAGCAAUUGCUGGACUACGUGUUCGUCAAGGAGCAUGACCGCCAUGACGUGCUCGUGACAAAGGCAGAGAGAGUUGCUUGUUGUCUCUAAAAUAAAGCUACAAAUCCAAUCACUAAAGGGGGUCGACGAAACUGACACGACUGAAUGCAAUCGAGACUAUCCAACUAAGUGCAUGUUCAUUUGGGUCACGAAGAAAUCCCGAGAACGAACACUGGGCACAAAUGGCAGAGACCACGGAUUACCAACAGGACCGCUGCUACCGAAAUACUCAUACUCACAAGCCAUGGGAAACAGAACUAGUUAAAUGGCUACUACUACUACUGCUGCUGCUGCUACUACUACUACUACUACUACUACUACUACUACUACUACUACUACUACUACUACUACUACUACUACGACAACAACAACAACAGCAACAACAACGACGACGAAGUACAAAAAUCGCCAUCUGAGAAAAAUCAGAGUCGCAUGACCAACCCGAAAAAAAGAUAAAAGCCAACGUGGAAAUCCAUUCUUUCAAUGUCGUCGCCAAAUGCAACAAAGGCCAAGUGAGAUAAGAAAAUAACCACCUGACUACAGGGUCAGCCGACAUUCAACGAGGGGCAAAUUCUGCUUAAAUGAAAGAAUUCGGGAAUAUCAAGAUAUAGCCAACUCAGCUGCUCGGUUCGGACGACACAAUCGGAAAAAUUGCAGGUUCUUAGUCAUGAACAGGACGCUUCAGGGACAUCCCUAACCAACGAUCUGCCAUGGUGAAGUUUUCUAGGGUGGAGAUAAUUGCUGGUUUCGAUAGCACACCCUGCCUGCAGUCGAAAACUGCAAGCACAUAAAAUCAUGAAAAAGUUUGACAAAUUGUUCUACUAAAAGUGACAGCUGUACCUAACCUCCCAUAAUUUGAAGGACUGAACCAUUGAUCACUUACACGGAACUUUUAUAUGUUUAGGUGGGUGCAAGUCAGCGAGCUAUGAAUGCAGACCCUCACAGUCAGCGUCGGGGUCGGCAGGACAGUUAGUGUUGCUCGUGUUAGAGUACCAAGACUUAAGGAAUUCUCACGCCUGUGUGGUGUUGGCCAUGUCGAUCACGUCAGUGCCACCCCAUUCGAAACAGUGGUCUCAGAAGUUAAACAAAAGGAUAAUUAUCGCAUGGCGGGCGAUAUGCGGAAUAAUGUGUUUAUAUGUGCAAUCUGCGCUGCUAGUUAGGUAAUUUCGUUCAUAUCGCUCAGGCCCCGCAGUACACACCUCGCGUAGAGGAUCCUGGAUUUCGGAAAAAACCACGGAGCUAUGCAUAUGGUCUUCAUGAACUUCACUUCUAUUUAUUUCCUUGGCUGUCCAUCAUUUAGCAUUUGCCUGUCCUUUUGUAUUGAAUGUAGGCGUUUGUAAAGGAUGGAGCGGUCUUUCCUAGCAUGGGCUAAAUGACAACGAACAGUAUCUAUUUAUGAAGAAGAUGAACAAAUGAUCUCUGGAGUAUCAGGCGUAGCUUUCGGUCUCGUACAGGAGGCCAUCGAAAAGAUACCGUGAGAAUGCGGCAUUAAAUGAGCAGUUUUUGUAGUCAAGCCAUGGGGGGGGGGAGAGAUAUGAAUGCAGAGGGUGGUAUUCGCGAUAAGCAGUCCCACGCCGUCUCACUGCGGCGUGACUGUGUGCACCCUUGGCUGGAAAUUGGUCUCACCUCUUGGUCGCGGGGGCGGAGCGAGUGAUAGCAGGGGAGGGGGGAGGGUGUAUGUCAACGUGUCUGUUGGUAGAGUUGGUGUCAGACACACAGGCCUCCGACAAUUCUCGCCCAAUCUUAUUGCUAGUGCUUGCGAAGUUGAAUUCGUGACCUUCCUCCAGGAUGUGAGUGGCGACCUGAGACAGCGUAUCGCCUCUCCGGACCGCCCGUUUAUACGCCGUUAUUCGUGAGCUAAGUCGUCGUCCGGUCUGUCCUGUGUAGUGGCGAGGACAGGGACGGCGAGCGAUACCCGCGCCGAGUUCUCCAGCGAUACGUCCCAUCGCUUCGGAUACGUUAUUUAUAUAUGGUAGAGUGUGCCACAGUGUUGGCGGCUCUCCUCCGUUUGUUCGUCGUGGGUGCGUGUGGAGGCAGCGGCUGACGAAGCUGUUCGGGUAUCCAUUCCUUGCCAGUUGGUCGCGAAAAUGCCGUAGUUCUAGUGCUCGUCCCUCUUGCUCACAGCAGUUCGUUUUUACCCUUUGGAAGAGUGUCCUAACACAGCUGAGUUUAUGCGCCAUUGGGUAGUUACUAUGGUAGUUGAGAAUCUGAGUCAUGUUAGUCACCUUUCUGUACACCGUGAUCCUUAGUUCGCCGUUGGAUGUAUGUGUGACGAGAACGUCAAGGAAAGACAGAUGUUCGACAUUCUCUUCUUCCCUUGUGAACUGAAUGUCCGGAAAGAUGCCGUUAAGCAGGUCUUGAAAGUCGGCCAGUCCGCUCCUUUCAAAUAUAACGAACAUGUCGUCCACGUACCGGCACCAAAAUGCAGGUUCAUAGUGAUCGAAGGCGACUUUUUUCAGCUCCUGCGAGACUAGUUCUGCAACCACGCUGGAUAUUCGCGAACCAUCUAGUACAUCUAUGAUACCCACUAAAUAAGCCAGAGUAGUGACUGCAAGCGCUUUCUUGUAUACUCAUUUCUGGGACAGCGAGUGGACAAUUUUUCCCGUAGUUCAGUUGUCCUCAAAAGUUAAUGCGUCCUUCUCAAUUCACGCUUUGAUGCGCUACUGUCUGUACCGUCGCUUUUUCUGUACGUAAGUUCCUGGUUUACAAGAAACCGUUUUACCGUGCGGUCAAAACAGAUACUAACUAAAAGGCUGGACAUGGGUUUAGUCAACUUCUUUGGCUGUAUGCUGUAAGUGCGAAGGCGGGGUACUUCUAUGGGUCGGCAUGUGACCUCCCCUGCGGUUUUUGGUCUAACUAUAGUCUAGCCAGUGCAAAAAUGCAGUUCCCAGUCGAAGUUAUGGGCACUUAACUCAACUAUGGGCAUACCGAUUUGGGUCGGGCCUGGCACGCCCGUUUCUGGUGAUUCAUUUUCUAGUUCUUUCGUCAUUUUCAAACUACAUAUGGAGCCCACUUAAUUCUUUCCCUUGACUCACACAACGUGUCUGUUUUUUCCUUACUUAGGACAUCACCGAAUUCGAACUGGAAACCCUUUAACGCAGAAACAGGUGACAUCGAAAAUCCCCCAAAAUUAGACACAAUGGAACGGAAUAAAAGGCGGAUCGAAAUUACUUGUGUAGCAUGCCGAACGGGACUCAAAAAUAGAGGAACGCCCCGCCCACGUAAUACAUGUGGCUUUGUGCUAAAUUCAAAGAGAGAGAUAAAUAUUCCCGUGUCCUAACCCUAACACCAACCCUAGCCCAAGCCUCAAUCGUGGGCCUAAUCUUAAUCCUAACCCUAAUUUUCCUGGAAGUUAGCGCAAAGCCACUUGAAAUACGGGCGGUUCUAAUUCCUGUUUCCUAUCGGGAGGGCAUGUAUGCAAUCCCUACCUAAAGGCCAACGAUUACGUAUGACUCCCUUGCAGACUAGGAGAAGGCUGAUAAGCACACAAAGCUAGGGAACGCGAGUUGAGAAACGGGAGCGGACGCUGAUAACUUAAUCGGCCUCAUUUCAUCUCGCGAAUGCAGGCUUUCCAGUCAUGAGGCCGGCAGCCUUCACUAGCCCCUAAACAAUGCGUACUUACGUGAUAACACUAAAGGCCAUUGCACCUCCUCUGAUGGUAACGGGUCAGCAUUAUUGCAGUUGGGCGCAAAUUCAGCUAGCCUUUGAUCAGAAGUGAGAUUUUCGUGAAUUCGAGAACGCAGUGACUGGCUAGUCGUGCUGGGAAGUCAAGGAUUUUCUAGGUCUGUGGGUGGAUUGGUGCGCGCCGACUGAGGUCAUGUUUCUGAUCGCCCGACCAGCGGGCGACCUCAGGCGAGCGACAACGCGCGUUUACCAGGCAGCUGGCGCAGGCUGGUGCCGGUGGCAGCGGCGCGCCGCCGACUAGCGCAUGUCUGACCUUCGUAAGGCCACGCUAUUGACCAAUCAGUGGGCGGGUGGCAGGUUUCUGGUCAAACUUUCCCACCAAAAAGAAGACCUGGACACGUUUUCCUGUCAGCGUCAUGGUACGAUUUCAAAGCCUGGACUCUCUUCAUCCAGAAUACUUCCAGCCACUAGAAUCAAGUCCCAUUGGAAAGAAGUCGUUGGUUAAGUACUAUAUAUUGUUGUUAUGGUUUUCGAUAGAUAGAUCGAACCAAUUUACCUAGCGGGAGCGUGUGCAUUUCUUUUUUUCGUUAUCGAAAAUCAAGUAUCCUGAAAAUUUUUACACUUGAAAUAGUUGGAAAGUUUUGGCUUGGAAAAUUCGCCACUCAAGCGCGUUUUGGAACAUUUGUUUGAAAACUAGUGCAUUCGAGUAGACGUUUGUCUAUUACCGAUGCUCACAAAGAAUUAAACGUCCUCCAGCUAUAUUUUAAUUGCCAGUUUUUGGGAAGUUGAAACAUCCAUACCGCCUAAAAACGUGUCGUUUCAAGGAAGAUAAAGCGACUAAUAAAUUUUGCUAAAGACAAAAGAGUCCUCAUGUUUUAAAAGAAAAUCCUAAGGAGAGGGAACGUUAUGUAGUAUCUUUUGUGGAAUAAUCGUGGAAAGAGGCCCGCACCGAUCUGGUUGCGAGGCACGCUCAUGCUCUUGCGUCUUGGGGCUCAGACUAGAGUCCUUGCAGGCAGUUGCAUAUCUAUCAGUAAUGAUGUAGGAGUACCGAAAAAGACCAGGAGGACUGAAAAGGCCUUUUCCGACUUGUUGGUCGUCGUUAGCCAGCCACGCCUAAUUCCGGGUUUGAAUAAACCUGAGAUUCGACAGUAGGUCACGCGUCUGUUCCAUCGGUUACGGAUUGUUGGUCAUUUCCGGUGUAAUUAAUUGUUGCUUUAUAGUUGUCGAACAGAUAAGGCAAAUGUAUUCUACUCAUUUAAAACUUCUGCUGAGAAGGAUCUGAGACACCGUGUAAUCCAUCUUUGAUUAUUGUCGGCAGUCUAUCAUAAAUACCCUGAAUCCCAGUUGCUGGCGCACAGGAGGUGGAUCAAGUACCGGCUUGUUAGGACCAUCGUUAUGGGGGUUUAGAGUUAUAACAAGAACUCCCAUUCAGCAGCAGGUAAUGGUGGUGGGAGAAACUUACUAUAUGACCUCGGAUCAGGCUCCUCAAGAUAAAGUCAAGUUCAGCUCUUCAGGGCAUGAUCUAAAUUCUCAACUUUGUCCCGAUUGCAAGACACAGUGCUGGUGCUCUUCCGAAACGCCUUAACGGACAGUAGAUUUCACAGCAGAUCGCAGACGACAAGACGAUCGAUGAGGAUGUAUUAGUCACCAUCAGUUUCAUGGUCGUAAUGACUCAACCCAUUUCAUUAUUUAUUUUUUGUUCUUCUGACAUCCUUUCGAACGAGAGCAUGUUAAUGAACAUAUACAGUCAGUGACCGAUCUCAUGAAAUGCUAACCUGGCGUCUAGAAAAACAGCACACGGUAAGAAUGACUAUCUAGGCGGUAAUAGAAGCGAAGAGGCGAGUCCCAGGAAGUAGACGCGAAGAAGGAGACAUGAUCGCUGGGACAAGAGCUUUACUAGCCUGACGUUUCGGAUUCUCACUCGAAUCAAUCAUCAGAAACAGAGUCAGAUAAGGGUGGUAAAUUGUCCAGGUGUUGCAGUACUCAUAGGAUGUAGUUAUUAGGCCGCCACAUGCCUAUCGCAGUUGGCAGCUCCAGAGUGCAUCACGGUUCGACUGGCCAGGUGCUGAAGCAUGCCGUUGCCGUGCGGUUGCCAUGCCCUUGUGUGCCGGUCGAGAUUAUCGAUUCCCACGCUCAUCGCACGCAGUCGAGUUGCUGACGUCCGGAUUUCGUCCUCCGUGUAGGCUCUUGGCCUUUUGGCUCGCCGAUAUCGACGCCAGGACCAGUGGUCCUCCGCGCGCUGUCCUCGCGGUUAAUUACUUUGCCUAGACAAAGUCUCGGCGCCGAAUUUGGAGCGGGAAGGUCAUUGCGCUUGUUGAUUAACCGAGGAUCGAAAAACCGUGACUCGAGGAGUUCGCGGCUCACGCGGUUGUCGCCUCUAGCAAGAAUUUCUGAUUCGUCAAAUUUGUGUGUGUUUGAGUCCCGUAGGGUGAGUAGCAACUUAGGAGCUAACUUCUUUCCUCUUCACUGCUGCUGCGUGCUCGGUCAUACGCGUCCGUAGUAGCCUCCCGGUUUCUCCGACAUAGUUUUCUUUUUUACAGCUGCACCAGACACGAUAAACGACUCCAGAUGUUUCUUGCCGUGGCGAUGGGUCUUUCAGCCUCAUGAUCAGGCGCCUUAUAGUUGCCUCCGGUCUGUGUGCUAUCCCAAUUCCAAGGGGUGUGAGAAGACGGCUGACGGCUUCUGAGACAUUCUUCACGUACGGGAGAACCCGCCAAAAUUUGGGGCCGGUUGUAUUUCGUCUCUCGCCUCGUUUGCGCAGGCACUGGUUGACGAAGUUGCGCCGGUAGCCAUUGACUUUAAAUACCCGUCGAAGGUAUUGUAAUUCAGCAACCUUGUCUUCCGGUUCACUGCAAUGUGUCUCCACACGCUUGUAUAGUGUCCUUGCGCAACUGCGUUUGUGACCAAUUAAGUGGCUGCUGUUGUAGUUCAGUACUUGCGUAGUUUUUGCCGCCUUCCUGAAUACUUUGGUUUUUAGGUCACCACAAUCUUUGCGGCAGACGAGGACAUCAAGAAAGGCCAACUGGAUGUCUUCCUCUUCCUCCAUUGUAAAUUGGAUGUCCGGGAAGAUGGCGUUGAGAUGUUCUUUGAAUUCCAUUACCCGAUCCCGUCUGAUGACGACGAAGGUAUCAUCAACAUACCAAGCCCAGAAUUACGUUUUCUGCGCCGUUGGAAAUCCAGCGACUCCAACCGUUGUAGGACCGCUUCGGCUAUGAGUCCCGAAAUCGGCGAAGCCAAUGGCGUGCCCCUCAUCUGCUCGCCAAUCGUUCCGUCGAACGUAACGUAG